UCAUAUUGAGUUAUGGCCCCUUUUUAACAGACGUCACAACUGAUAUCACCAAACCAAAAAAUCUCUCUGAGAAUCCCUAAAUCCACUUGAAAAAAAUGGCAGAAACCGCCGAAACAAUCAACACCACCGUCUCACCGCCGCAUUCCGAAUCCGAGGGCUCCACCACAUUGCCCGCGACGACGCCAGAUCAGACAUCGGAUGAAACCUCAAAAGCCGCAGAUCUGAAGAAGGAAGAGUCCGUCGCAGAGACGAAGCCAGGAGGAGGCAACUCGCUCCGCAUUUGGCCUCCGACUCAGAAAACUCGCGACGCCGUCUUGAAGCGCCUGAUCGAGACGCUAUCCACGGAAUCCAUCCUCUCCAAGAGAUACGGCACGCUCAACUCCGACGAGGCUUCCGCCGUCGCCAAAUCCAUCGAGGAGGAAGCCUACGGCGUCGCGUCGAACGCUGUGUCUGACGACGACGAUGGGAUCAAGAUCCUUGAGGUUUACUCCAAGGAAAUUAGCAAGAGGAUGCUUGAGACGGUGAAGGAUCGAUCUGCAGCCGCCGCGAACAAGGAAGCGGUUGAGGAUGUGAAGACGGAAGCUACGAAAGACGAUGAAGCUCCUGAGUCGGAGAAGAGUGAGGCGUAACUCGUUCUUGAUCCUUACCUUAUCUAUAAUCUACCUAUUAGGGCUUCACUAGAUUCGUAUGAGUUUCUCAGAGUUUAUGACGACAGAUCUGUUCUUGUAAUGACUUUAUGCGUGGAUUUGUUGGUAUUUGCCUAUUUCGAAGAUGCUUCCUUCUUCCUAAUUCGUUGCUUGCUUUGGUUUGGCUUGUUAACGAUUAUGCAAUUAACAAUAAUAUCAUCUGCUUAGUACC